AGGAGCAGAGCAACGUGUUUGUGACUUCAGCGUCGCAAGUUCCACUACAUAAUUAUUUUGAAAAACGUGUUAGUUGAUCAGAGUCUUACCACUUCUUAACAAAAUGGAGAUCCUCACCGCUCUCAAGUUUCUUCUAGUCGUUGGAAUUCUGAACUCGGCCGUCGCUCAAGCGGAACAUCCAGUGGUGUCUUCCAUGGAUCGGAUUUACAGAGAUUCCCAAGCGAUGCUGAAUUUCUUCCUUUUCAUGGGGGACAAUACAUACAGCUUUGAUGAAACCGUCGUGAAAGCAAAGGCAAAGUGUAACAAGAAUGGCGGAGCCACCGCUUACGAUACUGCUGUUCAAAACUUGAGAGACUUGGAAAAUCCACUUAGCACCCUGAUAAACGCAACGGACAACAGCAUCAAAUCGGUCGUCUCCGAUGCUUCAAGCCCUCAGCAGCACAAAAAUAUCCAAACGGUUUGCUUCAAAGCCUUGACUUUGAAAGAGUGGGUGACCAUAAGCCGAGGUGCGAUCACGCCUUGUUUUAACCCAGAUGAACGCCAGUUUCUGGAACUUGUAGUAAACGUUUCGUUUCCAGUGAUCGAAUAUAUUUGCGAGAAUAAUGCGAGUCGCAUCUUAGGUAAAUGACUUCUACAACACAGAUAAAAGAUUAUUCAUUGAGUCAACCACAUUCUCAUACUGCCUCCAAACUUUCAUACGUACGCAAUUGUCUCAUAUAACUGAAUACUC